AUUGGACAAAAAAAAAGUUUUAAUUUCUCAUAUUGUGUAUUGAUGUUAUCUUUGACUAAACAAAAUUAUUUUAUAAAGAAACAUGAGUAAAAGCAUGAUAGAGAAAUGAAUAUGAUUUUUUGUUUUUAAUUCGUGAAGCUUGUUUAAACUCAAGUAUUUUAUUGUAUCAUGACCGUUGGCUUGCCGUUGAUAUGAUGAGAUGACAUAAACAUGGCACUUCACAGUGAAUAUGCACCUGAUUCAGGAGUUAGAGUGAAAGGAGUGUGCAUCGUGAAGCCGAUAGUGUACGGCAACGUGGCACGGCAGUUCGGCAAGAAGCGCGAGGAGGACGGCCACACGCACCAGUGGACCGUGUACGUGAAGCCGUACCUCAACGAGGACAUGUCGUCCUACGUCAAGAAGGUCCACUUCAAGCUGCACGAGAGCUACACCGAGCCAAACAGGAUCGUGACGAAGCCCCCCUACGAAGUGACCGAGACGGGCUGGGGGGAGUUCGAGAUAGUUAUCAAAAUAUAUUUCCACGAUGCGAGCGAGAGACCUACAGUGAGGGCGACCCUGUACCACGUCCUGAAGCUCUUCCAGCCGGGAGUGGACCCGCUGGAGGCGUGCGGUCCCAUCGUGUCGGAGUCGUACGACGAGAUCAUUUUCCAGGACCCGACCGCGCUGAUGCAGCACCUGCUCACCAACACCAGGCAGUUGACGCACGGCGCGUGGAAACACGACACGGACUUUGAAGCAAAGAAGGUAAAGACUCUGGAAGGCAUCCUGGACGCGAAGAAGAAGAUCCGUGAGAAGAUCCAGGAAGUGAAGGAGAGACUGAAGCUGGCGAAGGAAGCCAUCAACACGUACAAGACGGAGCUGUCGCAGAGCGGCUCCGAGAGCUCCCAGAUCCGCGGCUCCGUGUGACGACCGCACCGGAGCAGUGUUGGGGCCCAACCAGUAGUUGGCGUUUGUGUUGUGACAGCAGACUGAGAAUAGAGGCUGAUCCAGUUGUGGUUUGCUACCUAUGGAUCAUGUGCAGUAUCGAAAACUGUAUUUAGAGGAACUCUAUGAGAUGCAUUAAUUUUUUUUUUUAUUUAAGCCAUAAUAAAUCCUCAAUAAAA